AUGCCGGUCGACUGUCUUAAACCUCUGCGGGUGGGUGCAAAAGAAAUCACGCAGACAUUGCACAGACUCAGCACAGAGUGCGUCUCUAGCCAAACCCUGCACGGCACCCACUGUGGCUCUCCAGUGGAAGAGAGCGGCGGACUGGUGAGACGGGCAGUCGAGGUUGCAGCAGGCAGAGGGAGACGGUGGAAGGUAAAGCAGGGCACCGAGGAGCUCGCCUCCAAGCGCGUCGACAUCCAGAACAAGCGCUUCUACCUUGACGUGAAGCAGAAUGUUAAAGGCCGCUUCCUAAAGAUAGCCGAGGUCGGUGCUGGAGGAAACAAGAGCCGCCUCACUCUCUCCAUGUCGGUUGCCGUGGAGUUCCGCGAUUAUCUCGGGGACUUUAUCGAACAUUACGCCCAGCUGGGCCCGACCAACCCGGACAUUGUGCAAGACGAGCCCCGGCGGGCGCUCAAGAGCGAAUUCCUGGUGCGGGAGAAUCGGAAAUAUUACAUGGAUCUGAAAGAGAACCAGAGGGGGCGGUUCCUGAGGAUCCGGCAGACCGUUAAUCGGGGGCCCGGACUGGGAAGCGCGCAAGGCCAGACCAUCGCUCUGCCGGCGCAGGGUCUCAUCGAGUUCCGCGACGCAUUAGCCAAACUCAUAGACGACUACGGUGUGGACGAGGAGCCGGCGGAGCUCCCGGAGGGCACCUCGCUUACGGUCGACAACAAGCGCUUUUUCUUUGACGUGGGCUCCAAUAAGUACGGGGUGUUCAUGCGGGUCAGCGAGGUGAAACCCACGUACCGGAACUCCAUUACGGUUCCCUGCAAAGUGUGGUCCAAAUUCGGCAACACCUUCUGUAAAUACGCGGAGGAGAUGAGGAAGAUUCAGGAGCGGAGUAGAGAGAAACGGGCCUCCGAACUGCUACCUGAGGGCCCGCACGGCGGAGAUGACGGCGACGAUGACUGACGCGGAUUUCAGGAGAGCAGAAACGAAACAACCAAGACAAGACUGAACAAUGAGAGAAAACGAGACUUUAACUGUAAAAUAGAAAGAGAAUCUCCAAGGGAAUCACCCCCACCACACACACAACCUCCACAGACAUGGCAGCACCUCUGCUGUCUCCUCGCUCAUUUGACUGGAUGUCACCCCACUUACCACCCAUGUAACAGUAAGCCGCUGCUAUCAAGGAUUGAACUGUAAGAUAUGAACUGUUUCCUACUUGAUUUAAUGACAAUGAACAGAGUGUUUAUAUCUCUAUCAACGACAGAUUUUGCACACAUCAAAGCUAUUUCGAAAACAAAUGUUUAAAUGUUUUCAGAGUGGGAAGCUAGAGAUUUAAUCAAAAAUAAAAACCAGAGGUCUAUUAUAUUAAAUAACAGUCUUCAUGUAAAACGAAUAUUUGACAUCAGCACAAACAGAAUAUAUUAUGGACUUUAUGAAACCAAAAUCUGAUACCAGAUGUAUAGUUUAUUAUAAAGGUAUGCAGAAUAAAUAUGAAAGCGCUCUAAAAGUGUAUGGAUUGCAGUACGCAGCACUACAGGCCUGUAAACACCUGUCAGCAUGCGUGUAAGCUCAUGUUUUGAAAAAUAGUUUGGCAAAGUAGGCUAUCGUCUUUAAUUUGACCUAAAAUCUAGUAGGCUAAUGAAAAAGCAUUUCUAUUAUGCCAUUGUGGAAAGAUUGAGACUCAAAAAUAGCCUAUUUUGUGCACCUCAAACCAAUGGGAUAAAUCUAUCUCUGAGCUACUAUAUUGAAUAUCAACCCUCUUGCACCAUGUCCAUAUAAACUUAAAUGAAAAAAGUGCUAACUUAGAUGUACUAAUUAUGAUUUUGUGAAUCAGCUGUAAAAAAAAUCCUUAUUAAGAUACCCACGUUUUCUGUGGGUUAAGUUUUUUUCUGUUAUUUUGUUGUCUUUUUUCCUCUGGGGGGUGGGGGAUGCAAAAAGAAUUGGUCCACUUGAGGGGGCGCAAGGCGCGGAAAAAAUAAACAAAAAAGAGGCGUCAGCGCACGGUGAGGCAACGCAUCCUCUUUGACGUCAUUACAACCCGUGCCUUAUACACUCCACUCGUUUACGUGUUCUCACGUGGAUGGUCUGUGACCUCGACCGCUGUAUGUUGUCAUUUACGAGUGCAGUUAUGUAGGCAGAAAUACGCUCACCAGGCCUGCGGGAUUCACACCCCUGCAGUGUAUGGAGCAUGGGUGGCAACACCAAAAGUAAGCUGAAAGGCUGCUGGGAGCUUGCAGGGCCAACAGCGGUAGUGGGUAGAAACAGAUCUGCAAGCUGGAGCGGGUCCUUCAGAAAGAUGAGCUGCUGCUGUAUGUACACUUUGGAGUGGGGGUGGGGGGUGGGGGGCUCAGUGUGUUAUGGCACCCUGGAGCCCAGAAUCCCUAGCAACACACAUGGCUGGGUGGUUUCUGGGUAACAGAGUGACCUACCUGUCUGUGGCAGCACAGGGUGUCAGCACGGAGAUUCAUCUGGAGAUGGAGAUGCUUUGCACACCAUAUGCACCAUGAUGUUAAAGAAACAGCAGCAACAAAAAACAAAUUGAGGAGCGGCUGGACGAGGCUAUUUGUCAGAGCUGAGACGGAUGCUGCUGGAGCCAGGCUGGCCAGCCAGCUGGUCCCAUGCAGGCUGUCUGAGUGCAGUCUAGUGGAUGUAGAGGCCGACAGUGCAGGGCCAAGGCAGUGUCUAUCUCUUUAUGGUGCUACAGCCCCUUGAUUGCUCCUCGGGGGCCUCACCGCUCAGAAUAUGUCAGUUUUCCGUUAUUGUUAGUCUGAUGCUCUUCUUUGUCGUCACAGUUCUCUCCACAUUAUGUUGUCUAAACUGUGUCAGGUUUCUCCCUCCCAGGAACAAGGGAAGCCACUGACCUGUGUAGGACAUUUCAUCUUAGUGUGCAAUAUUGCAUACAUGCCAACCGUGGCAUUGAAUCAUUGUAUAGACUAUUCAAAGAUGGAAAAAUGUGUAGGCUAUGUGAUCAAUAGAUAUAUGAACAUGGGAUGAUGAGAUUGAUGCAUCUGCAUUAAACAAAUGUGAGUCCUUCUCCUCAAGCAAAUGCAAAUCUCAAUCAGAUUGAAAACAGUCACACUAGUAGGGAGCUGCGUUUCCCUGUCAUAGUCUGUAAACCAGUAGGCUGCCUGGUCCGGGUGUUUUAUGGGCCCCUUCGGAGUCACCCUAGAGAAAACACUUUCUGUGCUCAUUUCACCCCUAACUCACACAACACAGACAGUCAACACCCUCUUACUGUCUCCAUGUCAGCCCCAUGCCAGUGGCCUACGGUGAAGCUGAAUAGUAUCUCGGGAUCUUGGGUCCAGAGGUGGCUAAUGCCCACACACACGUAGUCUCCCCCUGCUGAGGCCUCUUGUUGCUAUCUGAGUGGUGGGGAGGCCACUAAAGUAUUUUGAAUGGUUUCUAGGCCUCCUGUCAUUAGAAGCCAGGAGUCUGUGUGUGUGGAGCUGGAGUGCAACCCCCUGCUCGCCUGGGACUGCCGAUCGCAGGACAGGUUAACUAUGAUUAGACUUUGGUUUCACUUGAGCUAGGCAAUAGUGAUCAGCUGCAGCAGACCCAAAAGACAGAAGAGUUUGUUGUUGUUUUUACAGUGAGGAUCACAGUCCCACUCUCUGACGUGGGCAGACUGAUCUCAGGUCUGCUCCUCUUUCCCAGCUCAGGAUUCAGUGCAUAAGAGAGGCCGUACAGCAGAACUUGUUCGCAUGCCUGUCUCAGACACGGUCCGUUCCUUCUUUUUGACCCCUAGGCUUACACUGACGUGCUAGUUAUUGAUCGGUAUGCUUCAGGGGGUUAGUUCAUCAUUCAGCUUUAUCUAAAGCCAGUCAACCUACAGCAGCUAACGUGACUGAGCCCAGUCGUAGGCCCUGUCAGAGUGGCGUGAAGGAGAAUCACAGCCUGCAUGGAUUGCAGCUUUAGAGGCCUUGGCUGGCUAAAAGCUGCUAAAGUAGUUACAGUCUGGGCCUGCCAGACAUGUGGAAUAGCUAAGGCUAAACUGAAGCAGAACU